AUGCCGAGAAAAAGACAGCGAUCCGAUGAAUAUUUAAGUCCUCGAGUAACACAUAAAGGCCUACGUUUAACGCGCAGCCGAGUGUGUGUUGAAUGUAAAAAGCAAAAGACGAAAUGUGAAACAAAGCCAGGUGAAACAUCGUGUAACAGAUGCAUUCACCAUAAUCUGGAGUGUAUAUCGCAUGACAUAUCUCAGCAGUUUUUGCAGGAGGACUCAGUCUGGAAAAUGCAAACAACAGCAGAUAUUGCCCUUCUACGAGCGGCAGUGAAUCAUUUACUACAUUAUACCAAGCAACCAGAGUUGCAGACGUUUUCGAAUAGCCAAUCAGUCGAUUCACCUCGCCCCUUUUUGGAGUCUCAGAAUGUGGCCCAGUUGUCGACAGUUCCAAGGGACAUGUCGAAAGAAAAUUCCCCCCAGCCUCAGGGUGACGAUUCGUCCGGUCUUGUCACAGUGCCUAUGCGCAACCUAUACGAGCUUACCAGACUGAAGAAUCUACGGGUCAAUGCAGGGUGGAAGCCAAACUCAUCCUUGAUACAUGACGACUUUAUUUCUCAAGGUGUGGUCCCCCUCAAAGAGGCCGAAUACCUCUUCGAUCGUUUCAUGGAGAUCAACAAUAGAUUAUUGUGGGAUGGUAUUCUAUUGUUUCAUCGCACGCUAGGCUCUAUCCGACGUGCUUCAACGUUAUUGGCAGCAGCUGUUCUUACCAUCGGUGCCUUGCAUGCUCCUGGCAAAACCGAAGCAUUCCACCAGUGCUACGAUAUUUUUGUUUCGCUUGUAUGUAGCUCAUCCCUCUCUCGCAAUCACAGCGUUGAUGACGUGCGGGCACUAUGCAUCGGCGCGUUCUAUCUCGCAAAUCUCAGUUGGAAACUAUCAGGACAGGCCACGCGGAUCGCUGCCGAGAUUGGGCUACAUCAGUCGUACCAGAAGCUUCUCCAAGGCGAUAACAAGCAACAUGAUUAUGUCUGCCUCUGGUAUGCGACAUACGUUUGUGACCACCAAUUCAGCAUUGCCCAUGGUCGACCACCAGCGGCCGUCGAUGAUGAGUCAAUCCGGAAUAUUGAGCGAUUCAUGCUUAUGAAAGAGGUAAAUCACGGCGAUGCAAGACUAGCUGCGCAGGUCGCACUAUUCACUAUUUUGACGGAGGCCUACGUAGCCUUCGGAAAUGAUCCUGAUCGACCAUUAGAAGGUAAAGACUUCGAUAAGCUAUGGGUUUCUAAUGUGGCAAUUGAUCAGUGGCGACUCCAGUGGCAGCCUCGCUCGAAGGACUGUACGACCUUGGGAUCGUAUCCAUCGAAAGCUUUGGUACUAUAUUAUCACUUUGCUCGCUUUCAGUUAAAUUCCCUUUCUUUGCGUGGUAUUAGCCCUUCCGGCUUGGAAUCUAGUGCUCGACUUGUCUUUAGAAAUUCCUUAUCCCUGGCACACCGUGAAGCUGCCAAUGCAGCUAUCGCGGCGGCUACAAGUACACUCACUUUGAUUUUAGAGGAUGGCGAUCUUCGACGUGCCUUUCCUGGCGUCCCGAUCUUUACUUAUACUAUGGUUGCGUUCUGCGCCACGUUUCUCUUGAAGAUGGCUGCCACGUGGGGAAAGAGCUCCACGCAAUUCGGUCUAGCUGUAAAUACAAGACAUAUCGUCUCUCUCGUUCAGCGCUCCGCAGAUAUGCUGGCUAAUGUUGCUAUGAGCCUCAAUGAGCGACAUAUUGCAAAACAUAUAGCAACAGGCAUGCUGGAGAUGCUACAGAAAUUCUAUGCUCUGGAUGAGAAUGAGACAAGAGACGCAGAGGAUCAGAUAGAGGGAAAGGAACUAGACCGGCUCCCUACAAUCCCCCCCGAUUCCAAUGACACUAAUGCAUUCUGGGCGGGCGACUAUAAUUUCUACGAUCUUGGAGGAACGUUUGGUUUCGGACUCGAUGAGACACUCUUGGGUCAGAUGGCCGCGGAUAACUUUGAGUUGGGUAUAUAA